AUGACGAUCAUGGGUAGUCAGGGCUUCAAUGUCCCGACCAUCCCCCCAGACUUGCGGAGAGAGGAAACCAUUCACCAGAUUGCAGAUGCCUUAGAAUAUCUUGAUAAGGUAGCAAAUGAAAUAUUUACCAGAAUCAGUCAGAGAGUUGGGGAAAAUCGGGCCCAUCUUCAGAAGAUAAAUGAUCGAGUGACACUAGCUUCAGCCAGAGUGGAUAAACUCAAAGGCAGUAACAAGGCAACCAAGGUGUUUGCAAGCGCGAAAUAUCCAGCAGAAGAUAAGCUGGAACCAUACAGGAUCACGUUUACCAAUACUGAAGGUCUGCGGGAGAUUAAACAUUCUCAUUAUAAGGUUCAAGAAAAGCAUGCAUAUGUGGAUGACAGAGUAUUUAAGGAGAAGCUCCAGUUUUAUAAUGUUCAUUUGAACGUUCGAGCUCGUAAAGACCAGAACAGUCAAGAAGAAGGCCUGGGUGGUCUGCCCAGUGACAUCCCAUCCAUCAGUUCUUUGCUGCUGUUCAAUACUACAGAGAAUCCAUACAAGAAGUAUGUCAUGCUUGAUCCACUGGGAGUGGUCACCAAGACAAGGGCUGCCAUUGAAGAAGAAGGAGCACGUAUGGCUGAGGCACCAUCUACCAUUGUUCACAAUGAAGAACUGUUCAAAGCCAGUGCAGAAAACUACCUCUACAUUCCAGAGCUAGGCACAGUCCCUGAGAUUGCAGUGCCUGAUCUGCUGCCUAACUUGCCAGGUGUUGCGGACGAUCUGACCUUCAGUGCAGAUCAAGGCCCGUCAAUUGCUCCAUCAGUCAUGGGCUCCCACAUACCUGAUCUUCCUUUAGUCGGCUUAGAGAAUGAUAGGAUACCCGCCGGCAUGGCCUCAGUAUCCUCGACAUUACCUUCUCUUGGAGGUCCACCACCACCGGAACCACCACCACCUCCUCCUCCCCCACCUUUGGCCAGUGUACCUCCUCCACCACCUCCACCUAGUGUACCCCCACCUCCACCUCCUCCUCCCCCUCCAGGACCUCCACCCCCAGCUCCUUUAGAUGUUCCAAAAGAAAUUGCAGAGCCAGCUUCUGGUCGCCAAAGUUUGCUGGAGUCCAUUGUAAAAGCAGGAGGCGUCACUGGAGCCGGGUUAAAAUCUGCCAAGGAUAGAAAAGUGGGAAAUAAAAAGAGGAAGCAAGAGGAGCAGGCACAAGGAGCUGCUGGAGAUGGUGGAGGAGGAGGAGGAGGAGGCGGCGGCGGUGGAGAUCUCAUGAGUGAUCUAGUUAGCAAACUGACAAUGAGAAGAAAAGCAAUUUCAGGAACUGCAAAAGCUGGAGAGAAAACAGAAUCUGCUGGAGGAUCUUCCUCUGCGCUGGACAGAAUAGCUUCCAUGAUUCCUGCUCCACCAAAAGCUGCACCAGCACGGAAAGCAGGCAGCGAUGAGGACUGGGAUUAG